CCAAAACUUUGUCAGAAAGUGAUUUUACUUUCAGCCUUGGGUUUGAUUUGACCGAGUGCCACUUUUAUUUUUCUUAAAAGCUAGGAGGGACUUGAAGCGCUCAGAGGGGUGGUUUAAAUCCCUCUGCCCACAGAAGUGGGAGCGUGGGGAGAUGUGGUGGUGGUGGGUGCCCAGUACUGGGCACAGGCAGACAAAAUCCUUUGUAAAUCCGGGUUCUGAGCUUCUGUCCCUGUCCCUUGGGUUUCACCGUGGAAAAAAUAAGAAUAAAUUAUUAAAUUCCUGCUUUUGCUUCUCCACACUGCCACGCCUGUCCCUCGGGCUUCCCCUUUAACAAAUAUCAAUAAUAAUAAAUUCCUGCUUUUUGCUUUUUGUUGUGUUGGAGCAUAACUCCCGCAGUAACCGACAGGAAGAUGGAAGCUUCGCCCCGGUAACGGCCCCAGGGGUGGCGGUGCCUCAUAGCAACGGGGCCGCACACGGGCCAGGAACGGGGAGCGGCGGUGGCGGUGGUGAGGGGGCAAGGGAGGGCCCUGGGCCCUGAGGGGAGCAGCCCUGAGGCUGCCUUGAGGCUGGGCAGCACCACUCUGAGGGUCCCCUGAGGGCUGUGGGGGCCCUGCCCCGGUGCCUUCCCCUCAGCUGCGGGGUCCCGGAGGGUCUCCGAGCCCUGUGCCCCUGGGGGUCGUGCGGGGUUGGGGAGCUUCAGUGCUGCCUCAAGGGGCUGGGGGUAGGUGUGUAUUGCACUGGGAUGGUCGCGUGCCCUCAGAGACCUGAUGGGUGGCGGGGUUUGAGGAGGGUUUGAGGGGCUGUGGUCUCCUCAGGAGCUGUGGUGGAGCUGUGGUCUCCCCUGGAGCUGCUCUGAGCCCCCUCAGUAAUCCCCAGAUCACAAAGACGGCAGCGAGCCAUACAGCUCCUGCGAAGCCUCCGAGUCCCCUGAGAGCGCUGCCAGGGCAGAGCCUAGGCAACAGUGACAGAAGCAGAGCCGCUGAUGGAAGCGGCUGCGCUGUCCCAGCCCCGUAAAUGAGAGGUGGUGCCAGGGGCAGCUCCUUGGCUCUGCCAGCAGCGCUGCUCCCCGGGGAGCCGCAGGUUGGAGGGGCUUUCCUCCUGGCCCAGGAGGGCAGCUCCGUUUACCCUUCCCCAGAGGCAAAUUUUGCUUCCGUGCGUCUCCAUUUAGUGUGUUUCUGUGAAUAAAUGUUAAUUUUCUGCUCCCUUGCAGUCACCUGUUACGACGAGAUGGCCACGCUGAGCGUGAAGCCGGGGCAGAGGUUCACUGUGCCGGACUGGCACACCAACGCCGAACUCAUCUCAGCCGAUGCCGAAAGCCAGCGUUCAGCUUCCCACCGAGUCCGGCAGGAAACCCGAGCUCUCCGCAACGAAACCAACAACCAGGCGAAAUGGGAUGAACAUGACAACCAAACCCGCCUGACUGAACGUAUCAGCAGUGUGAACAGAUGGAAAGAGACCCUGGACAAAUGCCUUGCAGACAUAGAUGAGGAAAUCGAUGCCUUAGCCAAAGUGAAGGAAGCAGCAGAACGUGCCCUCCAGGCAAAGAACUUAUCUUUGGACGUUGCCAUUGAGUGCCUGACGCUCCGUGAGAGCCGCCGUGCCAUCGACGUGGUGAGGGACCCUGUGGAAGACGAGCUGCACAAGGAGGUGAAGGUGAUAGACAAGGCCAAGAGAGAACUGCAGCAGAGGGUGAAUGAAGCCUUCGAGCAGCUCUGCCACCUCCAGGAAGCUCGCCAGCAGCUGAGCUUUGACCACCGGGGCAAGAUGGAAGCGUUGGAAAUAGAUCGCGUGUGCUUAUCCCUCAGUGUGAACUCUCCCAAUAUCUCCUUCAAGGUCAACCCAACACGUGUCCCAAACGGAUCAACUGCAGUUGAUGAGUGGGAGCAGAAUAGCCAAUACAACAAGGAUCAUGCUGAGGCAGAAAUGAAAGCCUCGACUAAGCUCCGAGAAGUGAUCAUGCUUGCCAUUGCCCAGACCAACAACGAGCUGGAGGCUCAGCGUGUAGCUACAGAGUUUGCCUUGCGCAAGAGGAUUAGAGACAUGGAGAAAGCCUACGAUGAGCUGAAAUGGCAGGAGCGAAAUACCUUGGAGGAAAUCGCUGAGAUGGAAGAAGACAUCCGACGGCUGGAGGAAGAUCUCCGAAGGAAAAUGCAAGAUCUGAAAGUAGCACACACCCGCCUGGAGACCCGCACGUAUCGGCCCAACGUGGAGCUCUGUCGGGAUCAGGUCCAGUACGGGCUAACAGAUGAGGUCCACCAGCUGGAGGGAAUCAUCCGCGCGCUCAAGCUCAAGCUGGCAGAGGCACAGGAUGCCUUGGACGCUCUAUACAGGCAGCUUUACCGCAUCCAGACAGAUAUUGGCUACAAAGCCAAUUCCCUGGUGCUGGACAACAAGUGUAUGGAUAGCCGGCGAAAACUCGUGGUUCCUGCCGAGAAAUUUGUGCCAGAGGUCGACACUUUCAACCGGACCACAAACCGUGCACCCUCCCCACUGAAGAACGGGCAGCUGGAGUUGGCUUAGCGUGCUGGGGAGUGUUGUGCAACGAGCCACGCCGAAGAGAGAGCUACCAGUGACUCAGUUCCGUAGUAGGGAAAGCGGACAUCUGUGUCAUGUUAGGAUAAUGUAAUUCUCCUCCCUCUCUCUCUCCUUAGUUUGUUAUAUAACUGUCUGUCCCCUUGCAUGAUGUUUAUAGCCUCUUGCACUCCAAGGAGCAUUAUAAACAAUAAAGAGUCUGUCCCCAAGAGCAGUUGUCAUCUGACAGUGUUGGAAGCAUUUCGUGAUGAUUGAAUCCAUCUGGGCUCUUUAGUGUUUUAAGUCCUUCAAAGUGCGAGGCUGGGCUCUGAAAAGGGACUGUGUAAUGGUGGCAGCGCGCCACAUCUGCUCUCUGGGUGCACUGACUCGAAUCUGCUCCCUUUAAUGAUUAAAGUUUGGCUUGGGAUUUCCCCCCGCCUGCUAGCCCUGCAGAACUAACACAAGCUACACGAACAAGAGCCAGAGUCCGUUCUGCCUCACGUGCCAGCAGCCUUGUUUUAACCCAACACAGGGCGAGGUGCAGGUCCCGCUCCUGGUGUGCUGCGAGGCGCUGAGCACCGCGCUCCCCCUGGGCACUGCUCCUAGGGGGAAGGAGCCCCGUGUCCUUCAUGAGGGGAUGGAGGAAAAAUUAGCACAGGGAGAUAAAGUGGCCAUCUGGGAAUAACGUCCUCCAGCCUGCUGCUGCUGGUGGAGAAGAGGGACAGGGCAGAGCUCAUUG